GGCCAUUGUGGGGAUGGGCAUGGCUCGAUGACGAUCCGGCAUCCUGUCCCCGGUCUCCUCCCUGCCGCUCGACUCCUGAGCCGGCCCAUCGACCGGCCCGUCAGCCAGUCUGCCAGUGUGUCUCGUGUGAGGGGAGAGCAACUGGUCCAGAGCUUGGCAUCGUCAAGACCCAAUGCCUCGGUAGUUGGUUGGGGUUGAACUGACCGUCUUGUCUGCUGCGUAUUUGCAACAUCGUCCUUCCUGCACGUAUUGCCCAUCAUGACACCUGCAGUGAGAGUCGUUCCAGGGGCCGCCACGAGGGCAGUGAACCUGCUGCGGGCGGUCCAGUUCACCCACCCGCCAUCGUGUCCCUGCCACUCCAACCCGGGCCACCAUCAUCACCACAGGCAUGGCCCUCACUCUGCUGUGCGCCGCUAUGCAACCCCCCAGGAUUCCUCGCAGAUCAAGGAGUAUGCCUUCGAGAUGGCCGCCUCCUCCAUCCGGUUCGGACCCGGCGUCACGCGCGAGGUUGGCAUGGACUUCAAGAACAUGGGCUCCAAGCGUGUCUGCGUCGUCACCGAUGAGACUGUUGACAAGUUGACGGCCAUGCAACAAGUCCGUGAGGCAUUGACGCACGAGGGCGUCAACUUCAAGGUCUUCAACAAGACAAGGGUCGAGCCCAAGGACAGCUCCAUCCGCGAGGCCAUCGACUGGGCCAAGCCCUUCAACCCAGACGCAUUCCUGGCCGUGGGCGGCGGUUCCGUCAUCGACACCGCCAAGCUGAUGAACCUGUACACCUCGUACCCGGACGCCGACUUCCUGGACUUCGUCAACGCCCCGCUCGGAAACGGCCGGCCCAUCGACAAGCCAUUGAAGCCCCUCGUCGCCGUCCCCACCACCGCCGGCACAGGCUCCGAAACCACCGGCACCGCCAUCUUCGACCUGGUCUCCAAGCGCGCCAAGACCGGCAUCGCCCACCGCAACCUGAAGCCCACCCUCGGCAUAUGCGACCCCCUCAACACCCGUACCAUGCCCGCCGCCGUCAAGGCCAGCUCCGGCCUCGACGUCCUGUGCCACUCGCUCGAGAGCUGGACGGCCAUCCCUUAUAACGAGAGGACGCCCCGCCCCCAGAACCCCAUCAUGAGGCCCGCUUACCAGGGCGCGAACCCAAUCAGUGACAUCUUCUCGCUCAAGGCCCUGUACGACUGCGUAAAGUAUCUGCCUCGCUCCGUCAGGGACCCAGAUGACAUGGAGGCGCAAAGCCAGAUGCUGCUGGCUGCUACCUUGGCAGGCGUUGGGUUUGGAAAUGCAGGUGUGCACUUGUGUCACGGAAUGUCCUAUCCCAUCUCCGGCCAGAACCCGGGCUACCAUCACGCCGGCUACGAGGUGGACACCCCCAUUAUUCCACACGGCGUUUCGGUGGCCGUCACCUCGCCCGCCGUGUUCAAAUUUACGGCCGCAUCCAACCCAGAGCGCCACCUCCAAGCCGCGCAGGCCUUUGGCGUGGACAUCAGCAACGUGAAGAGGGAGUCUGCCGGUGAGGUCCUGGCAGAAGCGCUGAGGAAGUUUCUUGACAGCUUGGGCGACCAGCCCUCGGGAUUGAAGCAGCUGGGAUUUCGAUCGGAGCACAUCGACGACCUGGUCGAGGGUACGAUCCCACAGGCGAGAGUGUUGAUGUUGGCUCCGAACCUGGCAAGGGAAUUACAGACUGAAAGGGAGCAGUUGAGAGGGCUUUUUGAGGAGUCCCUGUAGUUGCAUCGCAAUAGGACAUGGGACCUUGAAUGAUACCAGCUUUUUCGCGUCAGCUGACGCGUUUAUUCCUUCUAGUGAUGAGAGCAUAGUCAGAUAAAUUCACCACGUCGACUACUAGGUUUUUCUCUUUCAACCAAGAACGAGAGCCUUCUCCUCACCCUACAUCAGCACGGAGCUAUACUGUCAACUGAUUGUUCU